CAUAGAGUGUCAAGACAAAGAAACAGAUGUGAGUGAAUUCUCACCUUCACCUACAACUUCCAGUCCAAGUCGAUCCUUUGCACCUCUCUAUCUCUAUAUAUAUAAUACACACACUGACACUCAUACACACCACAUAUUAAUAAGAAGAAGAUACAGUAACAGAAGUUUAUCAUCAUCAUCAUCAUUGAUCACCAUGUCUCAUUCUGACGAUAAUAGAGUAACGAGACAGGUAAUCAAGAACUUUUUUGUAAAGCUUCAGGAAGAAGGAGAAGGGGCUCUCGUUAGAAACGCCAUCACAGACAGGAUGGACCAGAAGUUACUAGACCCGUUCGUGUUGUUAGUUGAAUUUUCCUUUUCGCUUUCAGUUGGAUACCCAGAUCAUCCUCACCGAGGUUUUGAAAGUCUUACUUACAUACUAAAGGGAGGUAUCGUUCACAACGAUCUUAAAGGUCAUAAAAGUAUAAUCAAAGCUGGAGAUGUUCAGUGGAUGACAGCAGGAAGAGGAAUCAUUCAUUCAGAAUAUCCGGAACAAGAAGUCAACAAUGGCUUACAGCUUUGGAUCAACCUCCCUUCCAUUCACAGAAUGAUUGAACCAAAAAACCUAGAACUGUCUGGUUCAGAGAUUCCAAGGGCAGAGGAAGAUGGAGUAGAGGUCAAAGUCAUAGCCGGAGAUUCAAUGGGAAUCAAAUCUCCUUGCCAGACAACAACACCAAUGAUGUACCUUGACUUCACCCUCAAGCCAGGAUCUCAAACCCACCAGACCGUUCCAGAAUCUUGGACCGCUUUCGCCUACAUUUUAGAAGGCGAUGAAGGCCUUUUCAGCUCCAUGGACUCUUCAGCUAUAUCUGCGCACAAUGUUGUUGUGUUUGGACCUGGGGAGUUAGUUAGCGUGUGGAACAAGUCAAGUUCUAGGUCAUUGAGGUUUCUGUUGAUUGCAGGGAAGCCGAUCGGUGAGCCUAUGGUUCAGAGUGGUCCGUUUGUGAUGAGUUCUCAGGCUGAGAUUGAUAUGGCUUUUGAGGAUUACCAGAAUGCUAAGAACGGGUUUGAGAUGGCUAAAAGUAGUUAAAGUAGAGGUCACAGUCAAAAGAGUUUGUAAACAAAAACCAUAUGAAUUAUGUGGUUUUGUCUUCUUUAUUUCACAUUCAAGAACCUAUUACAAUUAA